AUGGCCCGCCAACCCUCUAUGGACUCUGAGCGUCCUAUGAUUGCCGUAGGACUACCCCUCCUCCCUUUUACCCCUCCAUCUGAGCUGCCCCCCCGCAGGAAAUUUACAUCCACAUUCCCAAGAGACGCGCAAAACCGAAACUCAAAGCGCUUCUCCACCAUCAGUGGAAGCCCCUCGGUAGCCGCCUCCGACCGCACAACCGGCAGCCUGCCCAGCGGCGACCCCAGAAUCGCUGAUAUCUCCCACCUUCACGAUGGAUUCGAGCGUCUCGAGAACAAGCCUCUCAACAAGCAGCGGUUCGUGGCUACGGAAGAGAAGACGGACAACAUGAACAAACUUGCUCUCGGUGCCAAGGUUGAGCGUGCUCUCGGCCGCAGAAUGACUGGCCAGGAUGCUGUUAUGCGCAAGCCUCUCUCUGAGAAGUCUGCGGCUGGGACUGCCUCGCACUAA